AUGGCUCAUUCAACAAAUACAUCACGAGCUGGUGAUACAGCUCGUACUAUCGAAUUUGAACUUCAAAGAAAUGGACCCUAUAUCUUAGCUGGCCUUGGUGUUAGUGGUGGUCUUCUUCUUUUAGCUAAUCGUAAUAUUCCUGCAAUUGGCAUCCCUAUUCUAUCAUCGGCUGCUGAUCGUGUUGCUUAUGCUCUUCGAUGGACUGGCCUAGAAGGACUUUCAAUGGUGACAGCUGUUUGGUGUGUUAUUGGUGUUCGUGCUAAAUAUGGAAUUGAACCAACAUCAUCUGAAGGAAAUCAUCAUUUACAAAUGACACAAAGAAUUUUAUCAAAUACAACUGAAUCAUUUUUAGCAUUUACUGCUGCUAAAUUAGCUUUAGCUUCCGUACUUGAAUCAAAUAAUCUUCGUAUUAUUCCAGCAUUAUCAGGUCUCUUUAUUCUUGGACGUUAUACAUUUGAUGCUGCUAUAAAUCAUCCAGCACGUACUUUUGGUUAUACAAUCAAUGCUGUAGCUACAUUUACUGCUUAUGGUCUUUUUCUUUACAAACUUUUUCAUAGUGGUCUUCAUGCUAAUCUUCUUCCAUUUUCACUUCGUUAA